UCUCUUUUUAAAAGGAAGCUCAAUUCUGCUGCUAGCAAUGCAUCCUGAGAGGUGGCUAUUUUGGUGUUACCCUGCUUUCUGUGUGUGGGCAUUCAUGUUCACAUCCUUGAUUAAAGGUACCACAGCCUGUGAAUCGGAGGAACGGUUAUUUCACAAACUCUUCUCCCAGUACAACCGGUUCAUCAGGCCAGUGGAAAAUGUGUCUGAUCCUGUCACAGUGUAUUUUGAGGUGGCCAUUACCCAGCUUACAAAUGUGGAUGAAGUCAAUCAGAUUAUGGAAACAAAUUUGUGGCUAAGACAUAUUUGGAAUGACUACAAAUUGCGAUGGGAUCCCAGAGAAUAUGAUGGCAUUGAAUUUGUUCGGGUACCAGCAGAUAAAAUAUGGAAACCAGAUAUUGUCUUGUAUAAUAAUGCUGUGGGAGAUUUUCAAGUUGAAGGCAAGACCAAAGCCCUCCUUCGCUAUGACGGAAUGAUUACCUGGACCCCACCAGCUAUUUUUAAAAGCUCCUGUCCUAUGGAUAUUACCUUUUUCCCAUUUGAUCAUCAGAACUGUUCACUGAAAUUUGGCUCAUGGACCUAUGACAAAGCCAAAAUUGAUCUUCUGAUCAUUGGAUCCAAAGUAGAUAUGAAUGAAUUUUGGGAAAACAGUGAAUGGGAAAUAGUUGAUGCUUCUGGCUACAAACAUGAUAUCAAAUAUAACUGCUGUGAAGAGAUCUACACAGAUAUAACAUAUUCCUUUUAUAUUCGAAGGUUGCCAAUGUUUUACACCAUAAAUCUGAUCAUUCCCUGUCUCUUCAUUUCGUUCCUGACUGUGUUAGUUUUUUACCUGCCAUCUGACUGUGGUGAGAAAGUGACUCUUUGCAUCUCUGUGCUCCUUUCUUUGACUGUAUUUUUACUGGUGAUCACAGAAACAAUCCCAUCCACAUCUUUAGUAAUUCCCCUCGUAGGUGAAUAUUUACUCUUCACUAUGAUAUUUGUGACGCUGUCAAUUGUCAUCACAGUGUUUGUCUUGAAUAUACAUUACAGGACUCCAACCACACACACAAUGCCCAAAUGGGUAAAAGCCAUCUUUCUUAGCUUGCUCCCCAAAGUCCUGUUGAUGCAGAGGCCACUAGAACAGCAGAAAAAAAACAUCUCUAAAAAAACCAAGAAAGGAUCAGCCAAUAUGUUGUGCAAGUCAAAGAGCAGCAAACACAAAGAUACCAAAUUAUACAAAGAGCAGCGAUGCAGUCACUGUGAUAAGGCAACUGAACUCAGUGCCACCAAAAGAAGACAACUGAGCCAUCAGUCACUGAAAUGGGUGGCAGAGCACAUGGAGUAUUCCCCAGAAGUGAAGGAUGUCAUUAGCAGCAUUCAGUUCAUCGCAGAGAACAUGAGGUCUCAAAAUGAAACCAAAGAGGUGGAAGAUGAUUGGAAAUACGUAGCUAUGGUAAUAGACAGAGUAUUUCUCUGGAUAUUUAUAAUCCUUUGUGUGUUCGGGACUGUAGGGCUCUUUAUCCAGCCGCUAAUAGCAGAUACAUAACUUCAUCCACUGCUUUUU